UAGUCUUAAUGUUGGAUUUCCUACUGAUGUUUAGUCUUGCUAAUUUCCUGUUCUAAACAUCGAGUUGUAGGGGUGUGAUUAGAGUUGUCAAUAGCAGCGAAUCUCUAUUUGCACUGACAUAGCAUUGCACUUCAAAAUUUCAAAAUAGCAGUUAUCCAGCUAUGUGCUAUGCUCUUCUUUUAGUGGGCCAGCCACUAUACACAGCUAUGUGGGAUCCGUAAUUAUGGGUUUGAGCUAACAUGUCCAUGUCCUACAUUAGCUAGGAUUAUGGGCAGAAUACUCCUUAUUAGGCGUGAGCUAUCUUCUCCCCUUGACUUAGCUUUUGGCACUGAGUUAGGCCUUGUUCAUUUUUAUUAAAUUAUAGGGCUUCCAAUUAGGGGAAAAGAAUUGAAAAAAUGUAUUAGACAAGCUUGCUUUUUACAAUCUGAGUCAGCUCUAUCAAUGGGGUCACCUGCUAGUAACUUACGUUAACAUUGUGACUAUCAUACAAUUAACGGAGUUUAAAAUCAUACACCUAAUAGUUUCAAAGAUAAACACGUUCAGAGGGUAAAUUGAAAAAGAAAUGGAGCUCCGUAUAUGGAAUGGAAGAUUUGAAUGAAGUACAUGUGGUGGUGGUAAUCUUGAUGUACUGUUCUUGCAAUUAACAGUGGCAUUUUAAUGCAAUCUCUCUUUCUGUUUGCUUUAAUUUUUUAGUUUUCUAAAUGAUACUUCUCCUGGCAGGCACUACGUGACCUGGAAAAGUGAUAUACCAUUUCUUAAACUGUAGAGUUGGAGUGAACAUAAGGAUGUCAUCUAUGGCUUCAAAAGAGACUGAUCCAUCAGUUUUAGUGAAUGGACAUUUUGAUAGUCCCCUUGGUUCCCCUGGUGCUGGUGACUGUGGUUCAUGUGUUGCAUCUAUGCUGGAAAUUGCAAGACUAAUAGUCGACUCUGGUUGGGUUCCCCACCGCCCAGUUAUUUUCCUUUUUAAUGGUGCUGAGGAACUUUUUAUGUUGGGUUCACAUGGGUUCAUGAAGACACAUAAGUGGCGUGACACAAUAGGAGCUUUUAUAAAUGUGGAGGCAUCAGGGACUGGAGGGCCUGAUUUAGUUUGCCAAUCUGGACCAAGUUCUUGGCCUUCUAAUGUCUACGCAGAAGCAGCAAUAUACCCUAUGGCUAAUAGUGCAGCUGCGGAUGUUUUCCCUGUUAUUCCUGGAGAUACUGAUUACCGGAUAUUUUCCCAAGACUAUGGGAAUAUUCCUGGGCUUGACAUUAUAUUUCUCCUUGGUGGAUACUUUUACCAUACCUCAUCUGAUACAGUAGAGAGACUGUUGCCUGGAAGCAUCCAAGCACGUGGAGAAAAUUUGUUUAGCAUAAUCAAGACAUUUACUAAUUCUUCUAAGCUACAAAACACCUAUCAGACAAAUUACAGUGAAGUUACCACGAGCAUAUUCAAUGAUGAGCGGGCUGUAUUCUUUGAUUAUUUCUCAUGGUUUAUGAUAUUUUAUUCCAGAAGAGUGGCUAAAAUUCUUCAUAGUAUUCCUAUCUUCUUCCUUGUUUUUCCCUUUACACAUGGUAGAUCACAUUCUUGGUCGGCAGCCUUGUCUGAUUUUAUAAAAGGUAUUUUUAUCCACACAUUUGGAAUUAUAUUGGCAGUUGUUGUUCCUGUUGUGUUUUCUAUCUUGAGAUUACUGUUGUCUUCUCAGACAAUGAAUUGGUUUGCUAAUCCAUACUUGGCUUUCCUGAUGUUUGUACCCUGUGCACUUACUGGGCUUUUAAUUCCAAGAAUUAUCUGGAGACGCUUUCCACUUUCUCAAGACGUUUCAAUUGUCAAGGCAUCUGAACAGGCACUAUCUGAUGAAGCAAGGUUCUGGGGAGGAUUUGGAUUCUAUGCCAUAUUAACUAUGGCUUAUCUUGUAGCUGGGCUGAGUGGAGGUUUUGUGACAUUUUUUGUGUGCGCUUCCAUGCUUCCUGCGUGGUUAUUUUUUUGCCUGUCAGUCAAAUUCUUUGGACAAAGGUCACUCAGGUCUACAAUGUUUUACAUAUUACCUCUAGUUCCAUGCCUUGCAUAUUCUGUUUAUUUUGGUGGCUUUCUUGUCCAGUUUCUGAUAGAGAAGAUGGGAAUGAUGGGUUCUCUUCCUCUACCAUAUGGGCACUAUGUUCCUGAUAUUAUUGUGGCUGCAUUAAUUGGAAUUGUGACUGGUUGGUGCACAGGCCCUCUAAUGCCCAUAUGUGGGCAUUGGUUAGCCAGGUCAUCCAUCUUGCAAUUUCUGCUUCAUCUUAGUGUGUUUGGUUUAGCUUUAUCAUCUCAGUUUUUUCCUUACACCACGUCUGCACCUAAGAGGAUUGUUUUUCAGCAUACUUUCCACACUGCAGGCUCUAGUCAGAUUCUGGAAUCCACUUAUGAUUUUUCUGUAACUGAUUCCAAUUCUUUACUUUUCCUUUUCAAACACUCACCUGAAGUGGCAAAGGAAUUGAAUGUUACUUCAGAGUUUUCAUUUGAAUCUGCAUCAUUUUCUAAACGCAAUGAUUGGAUGGCAAUUUUUCCAGUUUCUUUUCUCUUUUCAAACAGUCUGAAGUUCCCUGCACAAAAAGAUUAUAUUUUGAAACAGUAUGAGUACUUUCCAGAAUUGUCUAUUCAAAAUUCAUCAUUAAAUUCUGUAAAAGGACCGAGAAGAGUUCACUUGGAGCUUUUUUUAGGCUCCUUGCAAGAGGUCUGGGUUGCGGUUCUCAACAUAACUGGUCCUUUAUCAAGUUGGUCAUUUGCAGAUAAUCUGCUUCCAGGAACUGAAAUCUUUGGUGGUGGUCCACAAUCAUAUAUAUGUCGUCUUAGUGGUCCUAGUGAUGGGAAUUGGACCUUCUGGUUAGAGGCUAAUAGCUCUGAAGCAUUAAGAGUCGACGUUGCAGUUUUAGACCAAAAGUUGGUUGAUCCAAUGAAGAGAUUGAAGGAUCUUUUCCCUGACUGGGUUGAUGUUACGGCCUAUUCAAGUUUUAUGUCUAGCUAUAUCUUAUAAUUCUUAAUAAACAAGUCUUGUAAGAACAAUUUAUUUGUUUUAAUACCGCAUUUGUAUAGACUAGUCAUAGAAAUUGAUAUAAGAACUGAUCAUUUAGUAUGCUAAUCCCAUUUUCAACAUAAAACUUUAUUCUUUACGCAAACGUUCUUGCCAAAAAGAAAAAAAAAAAGUUGCAUGGUAUUAAUAGAUGCAAAACCAGAACCAAUUUGAUUAUAAAUCUGGACUGGGGCAUUAAGUUUAGCGAAUACUUAUAAUUAUAAUUUACAAUUUUCAGAUGAUGGAUGCUCAUCGUGCCUUUGUCCU